AUGGUCACUACAACAAGAGCUAAACAUCGUCAACUUGAAAAGCAACAAAGUGUUUUAUUAACUGAUGAUGAUAGACUUAAAGAUAAUUUUCAGGAUAUUUAUAAUAGUGAUAAAGAAACUUUGCAGGAAUCUAAUUUAAAUAAAUCUUUUGAGCCUUUAUUACCAGCAAAAAGAAAAAAAAGAACCAGAACUUCAACUAAACCAAAAUCAUCAUUUGUAUGGAAAUUUUUUUCUCAACCCAUUGAUGGAAAAGUUUCUUCAUUAAAUAAACAACCAGCAGAUGAAUUAAAAAAAUCACCAAGAUCACAAGGUCAAUUAACAUUACAUCAAUCUUUAGAAAAUACAAAACCACAUUCUAAAUUACAUGCACAAAAAUUAAAUAAUGAUUUUAUUAAAUAUUCACAUGAUUUGGAUCCUAAAUAUAACCUUCCUUGUAAACCAGUUUUAAAAGAUAAAAUUGAUGAAGUUUAUGAUGAUGAUAUUAUAGAAAUUCAACAAAAAAUUAGUAAAAUUAAUUAUGUUAGCAUGACACUUGAUUUAUGGAGUUCUGCAGCACAUAUAUCUUAUUUAGAAGUUAUAUUACAUUGGACAACUUGUGAUUUUAUUCCUUGUAAAAUUUUUUUGGCUAUUAAAGAAAUUCCAUAUCCUUAUACUGCAACAGUAAUUAAAGAAGAAGGUGAAAAACUUAUUAAUAAAUUUCAGCUUGAAUCUAAAUUAUAUGCUAUUGUUACUGAUAAUGGAAGUAAUAUCAAAUUAGCAAUUAAUCAACUUAGAAUCAGAACACAUAUACCUUGUAGUGCACAUACUCUUCAGCUAACUCAAAAUAAAAAACAACAACUUAAAGAAGCACAACUUGAUUUAAUUAAUCAACAAGAAAAUAACAAUAAUAAAUUAGAUGACGAUGAGGAAUAUAUUAUUCUUAAUAUUGUUAAAGCAAAUAAUACUAGAUGGAAUUCUAUUUAUUAUGCAUUUGAGCGUCUUAUUAUAUUAAAAUCUGCUAUUAUUAUACUUAAAGAAAAUUUACUUCAAGAUAUAAGUAGUAGAAUUAGGCAUGAAGAAGAAAUAUUAGAAGAAUUAAUUCCAUCAAUUUAUAAAUGA